CUACUUUUUUUCUAUUAUUAUUAUUAAUUAUCAAUUUAUCUUUAUCACUAUGCUCGGUAACACUCUUCGCUUUAGUUUACUCUUGGUCUCUUGUACUUUACUCUCGCUUAUGGUGACAAACGUUGACGCUAUAACUGCCUGUUGUGUUGAUGAGGACUUUAAAUGUAUUGCCGAAAAAACUGAUGCUCAAUGCACAUCCGCUGGUCUUACUGUAACCGAAGAUUUUAACUGUGAAGUGGGUGAUUUAGAAAAAGAGACUAGUCAGGAAAUAUUAGAUCAAAGAGCUGCCUUUGCUGAUGGAUGUGGAGGUGAUGGCUACUUCAACAUUAUUACCGAAAACUGAAAAAGGCUUCAGAUUGGUUUUGGAACGCUAUUAGUAAAACAUUUUUUAUUAUCAGCAACAUGCAUUCUAAAGACUCGUGAUUCAUUUAUUCCUCUCUCCUCUAUAUAUAAUAAAUGAUUGAAAAAGGUGAAGGUUUCUUUAGUUGUCUUAUA